UUUUUAACAUGUUGAUAAAAGAAACCAAUAAAAAAGAAAAAAUUGUUUUUAUUCUUUUUAUGAUAAGCUCUAGCCUUUAAAUAGUUUCCACUUUAGCCGACUGCAAAAUUAAAUAUAAUUUUCAUUUCAAAUAUUUAUUGAAAUCACAUCAGUACUAAAUAAAAACCCAGUCAAUUGCAUAUAACAUUCUGAUUUUUUAUUCUUUAACUUUUUUAAAAAAAUGGUUCUAUUAAAAAAAUUUCAACUCCCGUUUUUCUUUGUCAUCGUCAUAGUAAACGGUGCGCAAGGUUGGUUCAAUUUUAAAAAACAUCUAAGACUAUUACCAUUUUUUUCUGAUAAUUCGAAGAAACCAAUUGGCCCAAUCGAGAAUUACGCACCUACUGAAUCACCUUAUGUUCCUGCAAUAAUUUUAAAAUGCAUACAAGAAGUUGAAAAUAGAGGAAUGAAGAUUAAAAACAUAUAUUCACGAUCGGAAGAUUAUGAGAAAAUAGAAAAUUUAUUAGAAAAGUUGUGUUUUUCUAAAAAAAAAGAUAAUUUCUCUUUAAGAAAACAUGAGCCUGGAGUAAUUGCUGCAACUCUUCAAUUUUUUCUAUAUUAUUUGAAAGAGUCUAUAAUUCCUUUUUAUAUGAUUGAUAAUUUUCAACGUGCUUUACAUAAUCCAUCUCCAAACAUAAAUUUAGACAAUAUGCUGACCAAGCUUUCGAAUAUAAAUCGAAAUACUCUAGCUGUACUGAUUGUCCAUUUACAACGAGUUGCAGAUAAACAGAUAAUUAAAAAAUGGAAAAAAAUUGAACUACAAAGGCUUGCCAUUAUAUUUGGACCAAUUUUGAUUCAUCCGAAUGUAACUACAAUAGUUCAACAUUCAAAAGAUUACAUGAAGUCUUCAAGAAGUAUUUUUCAAGAAUUGUUAGAAGUUCCAGGCGAAUAUUGGAAUUCCAUUGUAAAAUAUUCUUCUAUUAUUGAUAUAAAAAACUCACACGAAAUUAUAAGAGAAGAAGAUGAAGAUGAUUAUGUGCAGAGUGCUUCAGGUGGCGUGUCUGAAGAAUAGAUAUGAAUUAUUUAAUAUUUUUAACGAAAUAUUUAAAAAAAAUUAAUGAAAUAAUUUUUAUUCUUUACUUUAUUAUUGUCUUAUAAUUGUUAAUACAAAACAGAGACAAAAUUCAAUGUACAUUUGUUUAUUGCAAUAAAAUAAAUGUUUCAAGAAAUUUUUAAA